UUUUUUUCAGUUUUAAUACUUCUUCUCAAACUUGGGCACACUUGUGAGAAUGAACUUAUUUUUCUUUUACUACUUGUUCAUCCUGCUGGUGGAGCUCACAAAAUUUCUGGUGUUCGUCGUGGUCGUUGUGUUCCUACAUCUUACUCGUGAAAUUAUUGAUAUGGCUCCUCCAUCAUACCCCGAUCUUGGCAAACAAGCCCGCGAUGUCUUCAGCAAAGGUUACCACUUUGGUCUGUGGAAAUUGGAUUGUAAGACAAAGACUCCUUCGGGUAUUGAAUUCAACACAGCCGGUCAUUCCAACCAGGAGUCUGGCAAAGUCUUCGGUUCAUUGGAGACCAAAUAUAAGGUUAAGGAUUAUGGUUUAAGCUUAACCGAAAAAUGGAACACAGAUAACACCUUGUUCACCGAAGUGUCUGUCCAAGAUAAGUUACUGGAAGGUUUAAAGUUGGCGUUCGAAGCUACUUUCGCUCCUCAAUCAGGCAACAAAACUGGAAAAUUUAAGGCUGCCUAUGGUCACGAAAAUGUGAAAGUCGAUUCAGACGUAAAUGUUGACCUCAACGGUCCACUCAUCAAUGCUUCAGCUGUAUUGGGCUAUGAAGGAUGGUUGGCUGGUUACCAGACCGCAUUCGAUACCCAAAACAAUUCUUUGAAAACCAACAACUUUGCCUUGGGUUAUGCCGCCAAGGACUUUGUGCUGCAUACAGCUGUCAACGAUGGUCAAGAGUUUACGGGAUCGAUUUUCCAGAAAUGUACUCCAAAACUCGAUGUUGCCGUCCAAUUAUCUUGGACAUCUGGUGGUAACAAUACCAAGUUUGGCCUUGGUGGCAAAUAUCUUAUCGACGAUGACAUUAGUGUUCGUGCGAAGGUGAACAACGCUAGCCAAGUUGGUUUGGGCUACCAACAACGGGUACGUGAUGGUAUCACAGUGAGUCUCUCUGCUUUGAUUGAUGGCAAGAACUUCAAUGCCGGUGGUCACAAGAUUGGCGUUGCUUUGGAGCUGGAAGCUUAAAAUUAUAUGAUAUCAUAAUUUGAAAAAUAAUAAAACAGUUACCCAUUAAAUUAUAACAAACCCAACAAGAAAUAAAGAAGACAGAAAUGAA